GGGACGGACGGCCCGAACACCCCACCAGGAGCGCCGGGAGCCGGCACAGGUCGCGCCGGUGAACAGCGCCGUGGGUGCGGGAAGGGGACGGGCCCGGUGAAAGGCACACCGAUCGCAGGAGGCUCAGGGGGCCGGGCUCAGGACUGGGCAACAGAUAUCAUUGUUAGGGAAAGCAUGUGGAUGUGAGAGCUGCCCCAACAUACGAACAACCUGAAUGUUUUGUAUGAAACAGGUUUGAGGUCCUCUUCUGUGACAGUGUGUAGGAGAGAUCUGAUCAUCUCACACCUCAGCUUGACACAAACUGGAGACAGCAAAAUGACAGUCAGGUGAUUCAUGGCAGGGGACGUGGAAGGGUUUAGCUCCUCCAUCCAUGACACCAGUGUCUCUGCAGGAUUCAGAGCACUGUAUGAGGAGGGAUUGCUUCUUGAUGUCACACUUGUCAUUGAAGACCACCAAUUUCAGGCCCAUAAAGCACUGCUUGCCACCCAGAGUGAUUACUUCAGGAUUAUGUUCACAGCAGACAUGCGAGAACGAGAUCAGGACAAAAUCCAUUUGAAAGGUCUGACAGCUACAGGCUUCAGUCAUGUCCUCCAAUUCAUGUACUAUGGAACUAUUGAACUGAGUAUGAACACUGUUCAUGAAAUCCUUCAGGCUGCCAUGUAUGUCCAGCUUAUAGAGGUGGUAAAGUUUUGCUGCUCUUUUCUCUUAGCUAAAAUCUGCUUAGAAAACUGUGCAGAAAUUAUGAGACUUCUGGAUGAUUUUGGUGUAAACAUCGAAGGAGUCAGGGAAAAACUGGAUUCCUUUCUGCUAGAGAAUUUUGUGCCACUCAUGUCCAGACCUGACUUUCUUUCAUACCUGAGCUUUGAGAAGCUCAUGUCUUACUUGGACAAUGACCAUCUGAGCAGGUUUCCAGAGAUAGAGCUGUAUGAAGCUGUGCAGGCCUGGCUGCGCCAUGAUAGAAGACGCUGGAGACAUACGGACACCAUCAUUCAGAACAUCAGGUUUUGUUUGAUGACACCAUCCAGUGUUUUUGAGAAGGUAAAAACAUCAGAGUUUUACCGAUACUCCCGGCAGCUGCGACAUGAGGUUGACCAAGCCAUGAAUUACUUUCAUAGCGUUCACCAGCAGCCUUUGAUGGAAAUGAAAUCGAACAAAAUUCGUUCUGCCAAACCCCAGACUGCAGUAUUUAGAGGAAUGAUAGGACACAGUAUGGUAAACAGUAAAAUCCUUCUCUUGCACAAACCGAGGGUCUGGUGGGAACUAGAGGGUCCUCAAGUACCUUUGCGACCAGACUGCCUCGCCAUUGUCAAUAACUUCGUGUUCUUAUUAGGUGGGGAAGAACUGGGGCCGGAUGGCGAGUUCCAUGCUUCAUCCAAAGUGUUCAGGUACGACCCCAGGCAGAACACUUGGUUACGGAUGGCAGACAUGUCUGUGCCACGCUCCGAGUUCGCUGUCGGGGUGAUUGGCAGGUACGUUUAUGCGGUGGCCGGCAGAACCAGGGACGAAACCUUUUACUCCACUGAACGCUAUGACAUUACCGAAGAUAAAUGGGAGUUUGUGGAUCCCUACCCAGUCAAUAAGUACGGACAUGAAGGGACUGUGCUUGGUAACAAGUUGUAUAUCACUGGUGGAAUUACAUCCUCUUCAACUUCUAAGCAAGUGUGUGUGUUUGAUCCCAGUAAGGAAGGGACGGUAGAGCAGCGAACACGGAGAACUCAAGUGGUCACUAACUGUUGGGAGAACAAAUGCAAAAUGAAUUAUGCCAGAUGCUUUCACAAAAUGAUUUCUUAUAAUGGUAAGCUCUAUGUCUUUGGUGGUGUCUGUGUGAUCCUGAGAGCUUCCUUUGAAUCUCAGGGAUGUCCGUCUACAGAGGUUUAUGACCCCGAUACCGAUCAGUGGACUAUACUGGCUUCUAUGCCGAUAGGCAGGAGUGGUCAUGGUGUGGCUGUUCUGGACAAGCAGAUAAUGGUUCUUGGAGGCCUUUGUUACAAUGGUCAUUACAGUGAUUCAAUUCUCACUUUUGAUCCAGAGGAAAACAAGUGGAAAGAAGAUGAAUAUCCAAGGAUGCCGUGCAAGCUGGAUGGCUUACAGGUCUGCAGCCUGCACUUCCCUGAAUAUGUUUUGGAGCAUGUCAGACGUUGCAGCUAAAACAAAAUGAACAACCCAGUCAAAUACAAAAGAGCUAUACCAAUUUGUUGAAAAAAAUUACAAACCAGUUGAAUUCCUGCAGAGACAUUUCCUUGUGUAUAAGAACAAUGGCCAAAUGCUCAAGAGAAACAGGAUGUACAGGCAGUGUACUUACCAAGUUUAUUAGAAAAGAUGAUAGUUGGUCUGACCUUGUGAAAGCUUUGUUGGUUUUUUUUUUAAUAAAUGUAAUUGUAAGUAUGAGAAAAAUGUGUAUUUUUGAGUCUGCUUUUUUUUGGUAACAUUUUAUGUCCACAAUGUGUUCUGUUUUUUUUAAUGGCCAUUAUACCACUAUGCUUUUGAAGUUGAGUUUGACAAAAAUAUUUGUGAAAGGAAGAGAAGAAGGAUGUUAUUUUCAUUUUUUAUUGAGCAUCAAAAUACAGUUCAUCACCUGUACUUGGGUACAACCAGGUAUAAAGUAACAAGCCAACCAUUUCUGUAUUUUAUGUUGUCUUUUAGAUGCUUUUCCUAUUAACUGCAAAGUACUCUCAAAUCUACUAGGUGUUUUUGUUUUUCCUUAUUUACUUUGGAAAAGAAUUUUGACCCUUUUGCAUGACCCUUUUCCUGGUUUUGUAUAGCUGUACCAGUAAGUCUGCCAAAAUGCAAAUUACACAUUUUCUACUAAAUUGAAAACAAAGCAUUUUUAUAUUCAAAACACUAUUUCUAUGCUGCCUUCUAUUGUCUGUGUUGUUUGUUGGUGAGUAAAAAAAUGUAUACACACAUGUGCAUACACUGUAAAAACUGUAUAUAAAUGCAUCUUUUUAUGUGCAGUUACAAUAUUAUAUUUUAACUAGUGCACAGAUUCAGCCAUAUCUGUUGAAUUUAGGGUAUUCUUUCAUGAGCUAAAUUGUUCAAAGUUCUUAAGUGAAACUGGAAGCCUCAUUUGGUAUCAAAGUAUCUUUAGUAUAUACUGAUUGAUCCAGUAACCUUAAACUCUUUAUAUUGUUGCUACAUAAUGAACUGUUGGUUAUUUGUUAUUUUAUAAAUUAUUUUUUUAAAGUAAACUCAUUUUACCUGAGGUUUUUUUUGUUUCGAUGUGCUGCCCAGUUUUCUUUUUUUGUUGAAAUUGAAAAUGUCAAUAAGGAAAUGCUCAGCACUGCUGUAACCCACAGUUAUUUUUGGGACUGGAUACUGGAUAUGCUACAGUUUAUUGUCAAUACUUUAUUAUACUCACACUUCAAUAUGAGUACUCAUAUUGAAGUGAUAAAAUAUUUUUAUUAUUAUUAUUUAAUUAUUAACUGUUAAGAACUACUGUGUUUGGAAAAUGUGGAGUUAGGUGAUUGGUUUGUUAGUAUAAUUUCUGCUUCUUUUAUAAAAACCUACACAACUAUGGCUACUGACCUUGGAGUGCCUGAAUAGAGAUGGCUGGUCCAAGAGGGCUUUGACUGUCCAUUGUGCUAAUUUGCAGGUAUAAAUGACAGUAGAUUGAUAAGAAUUAUCUGCCACGACACAAAUAAUA